AUGAGUGGAAUCUCAUUCAAGUCAUUUGUACAAUCUCAGUACACUCCAAUUCCUCUCCCGAACCAUGAUUUCACCGGACAGACCAUCCUCAUCACCGGAGCAAGUCGUGGGCUUGGCUUGGAAGCAGCUAGUCACUUUUAUCGCCUCGGCGCUUCCAAGAUCAUCUUGGCGAUCCGAGAUGCUAGAAAAGGUCCUGAAUGCAUAGCAUUUGUGAGACAGUACAAUCCUUCGUCAACCACCACUGUCGAGUGCUGGGAACUGGACCUCACCAAUGUCGAAACAAUCAGGCAGUUCGUCGCCAAAGCCAAGAAUCUUGAACGGCUGGAUGCAGUCAUACUCAACGCUGGUAUGGCCACCAUGUCAUUCCAAGCCGUUGACGGAAUGGAAAAGACACUUGCGACAAAUGUCACUGGUACAUUCCUGCUCGCCAUUGGUUUGCUGCCAGCACUGCGUCUAUCAGGGCUCCGAAAUAACAUCCGCCCCAGGAUGGUCUUGGUAUCGAGUCAAGGCCACGAAGCCGCUGGAUUCGCUGAGCGCACGGCUGACGAUAUCUUCGCCGCUCUCAAUGAUGACAGCAAGACUGACAUGACGGAUCGCUAUGACACCAGCAAACUGAUCCAACUGCUGGCGUUUUACGCUCUCAAAGACACAGUCGACAAAUCGUGGCCAGACAGCAUCACCUUUACGGCUGUAGACCCCGGACUGUGCGAUACAGACCUCACUAGAGACAUACCACUGCUCAUACGCAUCAUCCAUAGGAUCAUGAAAAUGUUGCUGGCGCGGACAGCCGAGGUUGGCGGUCGCUGCCUCGUCUUUGGUGCUGCUGAUAAUGAUCAUGCUCAUGGCGCAUACUUCAAAGAUGGAGUCAUUGGAAGUCCUCCAGUUGCAGUUACUGAUCCUGAGGGAGUUAAGCUGAAGAACCGUGUCUUUUCUCAGCUCAAGUCGCUGCUUUACUCCGUGGAUCCUGAGAUCAUGGAUGCUUGUCCAUCUAUGGAGUCAGAUGAAGAGGCGAUCCGUCUCAGUUAA